AUGGGAGCGCGGCGGGAGCCUUCAAAUGGCGGCGGCCGGAAACGCCCAGCCUGCGAGGCCAGUGGAGGAGGUGGCGGCGGUGCUGGUCCGGUACGAAGUGAGACCGGGCAGAGGUCCAGUACCAUGGCUCAGUUUGUGUUUGAGAAUGACCUGCACUCCCUGCUCCAGCUGGACACAUCUAUUGUCAACGCGCCUCCUGCCCGAUGGCAACGCAAAGCCAAGGAGACCCCCGGGCCCCCCCCUUCCCCAAUGCGCACAGCCAACCGGUCACACAGUUCUGGGAGAACGCCAGGCCGGACUCCUGGCAAAUCGGGUUCUAAGACACAAAGCACCCCCAGUAAGGCAGGUGGGGAUCGCUACAUCCCCCAUCGAAGCACAUCCCAGAUGGAGGUGGCGAGUUUCCUGCUGAGCAAAGAGAAUCAGCCAAGCAACCACACACCCACCAGGAAGGAGCAGCAGAAAGCCUGGUCCUUGAAUCUGAAUGGUUUUGAUGUGGAGGAAGCCAAGAUCCUCCGGCUCAGCGGAAAGCCCCAGAAUGCCCCUGAGGGCUAUCAGAACAGCCUCCGGGUGCUAUACAGUCAGAAGGCCACCCCGGGGUCCAGCAGGAAGAAGACCUGCCGCUAUAUCCCCUCCCUUCCUGACCGCAUCCUAGACGCCCCUGAGAUUCGCAAUGACUAUUACCUGAACCUCAUGGACUGGAGCUGCGGCAAUGUCCUGGCUGUGGCUCUGGACACCUCUGUGUACCUGUGGAGCGCGGGCUCUGGGGAGAUCCUGCAGCUGCUGCAGACAGAGCGGCCAGGGGACUACGUGUCCUCUGUGGCCUGGAUUAAGGAGGGAAACUACCUGGCCGUGGGGACCAGCAGUGCAGAGGUUCAGCUGUGGGAUGUGCAGCAGCAGAAACGGCUUCGAAACAUGAGCAGCCAUUCAGCCCGGGUGGGCGCCUUGGCCUGGAACAGCUACAUCCUCUCCAGCGGGUCGCGCUCUGGCCACGUCCACCACCAUGACGUUCGAGUGGCCGAACACCACGUGGCCACGCUGAGCGGACACAGCCAGGAAGUGUGCGGCCUUCGCUGGUCCCCUGAUGGCCGAUAUCUGGCCAGCGGCGGCAACGACAACUUGGUGAAUGUGUGGCCCAGUGCCCCCAGUGACGGAGGCUGGGGUCCCCUGCAGACCUUCACCCAGCAUGUGGGCGCAGUCAAGGCUGUGGCCUGGUGUCCGUGGCAGUCCAACGUGCUGGCCACCGGAGGCGGCACCAGCGACCGGCACAUCCGGAUCUGGAACGUCUGCUCGGGAGCGUGUCUCAGUGCCGUGGAUGCCCAGUCCCAGGUGUGUGCCAUCCUCUGGUCCCCACACUAUAAAGAACUCAUCUCUGGCCACGGCUUUGCCCAGAACCAGCUGGUCAUCUGGAAGUACCCGAGCAUGGCCAAGGUGGCCGAGCUCAAAGGUCACACGGCCCGAGUCCUGAGCCUGACCAUGAGCCCCGAUGGCUGCACCGUGGCCUCGGCUGCUGCGGACGAGACCCUGCGCCUGUGGCGCUGCUUCGAGCUGGACCCUGCGCAGCGGCGGGAGCGGGAGAAGGCAAGUGCAGCCAAGAGCAGCCUCAUCCACCAGGGCAUCCGCUGAGGCUGGCCCCAGCUCCCUCACCCACUGGGUUUUAUUUUUCUAAUAAAGACAUCUGUCCCCCUGC